GAGCAAGGCAACGCUGGAAGCAAAGCGGCCCCGUUCCUCGCGUGCGUGCGUGCGUGCAAGACCAGCGAGAGAGAGAGAGAAGAAGCCGCCGCGCAGCCGCCUCCGGUCUCUCCUCCUCUCCCCCUUCCUCCGGCCGCCGCCCGCCGGUCCACCGCCGCCUCCUCCUCCUCGAGAAGCAAGGCCGGGGCUCCCGGUGCCCGGACGCCCGCCCGUCCCGCCGCCGCCGCCCGCGACCCGGCCGCGCCGUCCUCGCCCCCAGUUCGCCCGGAUCUCGGAAGAGGAGGAGGAGGAGCGAGCUCUCUAGGGUUCCGCGGCGGUCCCGGUUCCUGCGCCCCGUCAGGUCGUUCAACGUUUGGCCAAUCUUAUUAGGAGGAGACUGUAUUUGUUGGUACUGUUCUUAGAACCAGACUUCAUUUGGGAUCGGAUUUCAGAUGUGACAAAUGCCCACCAAGGUGGCUGCUUCAGAUGUCAUCAGAGUAAGCACUUCAAGUGCCCCCAGCACAUCGAGCCACGGUUCCGCGCAAGAUGACUAUGAAUCGUCAGGCGACGUGUAUGUGUGGGGUGAAGUUAUCUGUGAAAGCUCUGCCAGGGCUGGUUCUGAUGCGGUAAUCAAGUCGGCUGUGAGGCAGGAUGUCCUGCUACCGAAGCCUUUGGAGUCCCAUUUAGUUCUUGAUGUGUAUCAUGUGGACUGCGGGGUCAAGCAUGCUGCUUUGGUCACCAAGAAUGGGGAAGUCUUCACAUGGGGUGAAGAGUCUGGAGGACGGCUUGGUCAUGGAUCACGAGAAGAUUAUGCUCGCCCCAGCCUUGUCAAUUCAUUAGCGGUUUCCAACGUGGAUUUCGUUGCUUGUGGGGAGUUCCAUACCUGUGCUGUGACAACAGCUGGGGAACUGUAUACCUGGGGAGAUGGAACACACAACAUUGGGCUUUUGGGCCAUGGUACUGACAUAAGCCACUGGAUUCCUAAAAGGAUUUCAGGAGCACUGGACGGUCUGCAAGUUGCUUAUGUUUCUUGUGGAACCUGGCAUACAGCCUUGAUUACAACAAGUGGCCAGUUAUUUACCUUUGGUGAUGGUACUUUUGGAGUUUUAGGCCAUGGAAACCGAGAAAGUAUUUCAUGUCCGAGGGAGGUCGAGUCUUUAUCGGGGCUGAGAACAAUUGCUGUCGCCUGUGGUGUGUGGCACACUGCAGCUGUUGUAGAAGUUAUAGUGACUCAGUCUAGUUCAAGUUUAUCUUCUGGAAAGCUCUUCACAUGGGGAGAUGGCGACAAACAUCGACUUGGUCAUGGUGACAAGGAACCACGAGUUAAGCCGACAUGUGUGGCUUCACUCAUUGAUUACGAUUUUCACAGGAUAGCAUGCGGCCAUGGCCUUACUGUGGGUCUGACAACAUCUGGACAGGUUUGGAGCAUGGGUAAUACUGUUUAUGGCCAGCUUGGAAAUCCUCGCUCAGAUGGUAAGCUCCCAUGUUUAGUCGAAGAGAUUAUGGGUGAACAGGUUGUUCAAGUUGCUUGUGGUUCCUACCAUGUUGCGGUUUUAACAGUUAAGAGUGAAGUUUUUACAUGGGGAAAAGGAGCCAAUGGAAGGUUGGGCCAUGGAGAUAUAGACGACAGGAAAAUACCUACGCUGGUUGAAGCCUUACGAGACAGAGCUGUUCGGCACAUUUCCUGUGGUGCGAACUUCACAGCGGCCAUAUGCCAACAUAAGUUGAUGCCAGGAGCGGAGCAGUCGCAAUGCACCUCAUGUAGGCAACCAUUUGGGUUUACCCGGAAGAGGCAUAACUGCCAUAAUUGCGGACAUGUCCAUUGCAAUGCGUGCACUUCGCGAAAGGUGUUGAGGGCAGCGUUGGCUCCCAAUCCUGGAAAGCCUUACCGUGUUUGUGAUUCUUGUUUUCUGAAACUGAACAAUGCCAUUGACUCCAGUGCAAUUAAUAAGAGGAAAGAUACCGUGCCUCGCUACUCAGGUGAAAGCAAUUCUGAUAGUACUAAAUUAGCUAAAGCAAUUAUCCCUAGUAAUUUGGAUAUGAUUAGAAGUUUGGAUAGCAAGGCAGCAAAACAAGGGAAGAAAACAGACGCUCUUUCAUUUCUUCGGUCUCCUCAAAUGAGUUCACUUCUUCAGUUGAGGGAUAUUGCUUUAUCUGGUGGGCCUGAUCUGAACAGACCAGUUCCAAGACCAACUCGCACACCAGCAGUUCGAUCGGUAAAUACUUCCAGGGCUGUCUCCCCUUUCUCUCGUAAGCCUAGUCCGCCACGUUCUACCACACCAGUUCCGACAACUCAUGGCCUUUCUAUUGCGAAAAGUGCUACUGAUAAUCUUACGAAAAAGAACGAGAUGUUAAAUCAGGAAGUUGAAAGACUCCGCGGACAGGUCGACAGUCUGAGGCACCGGUGUGAGGCUCAAGAACUUGAGCUACAGAAGUCUGCUAAGAAAGUACAAGAGGCCAUGACUCUGGUUGCAGAGGAGUCUGCGAAGUCCAAAGCUGCUAAGGAAGUCAUAAAAGCCCUAACAGCACAGCUCAAGGACAUGGCUGAAAGACUGCCUCCAGAUGAUGGCAACGAUGCAAAGCAGUCACAGUUCCCAAAUGGAAUCGAGUCUCAUGCUUCCAUUUACUCUAGCAUGGAUUUGGAUUCAGUUCACCAGUCACGGAAUGAGUCUAUCAAUGCAUUGAACGUGCCUAGCCUGAACACUGGACGAUCCUUGCACCCAAAUGGAAUCUCAGGUCAGCAGAGAUCGCCGGGUGUUAAUGAAAACAAUGAAGUGAGUGCUCACAGACACAGGGUUUCAAGCCCCCAUGACGGCGCACUUUCGAAUCGAAGAGCGCACAGCAGUAGUGAUGAAUUAUUCGCCUCAAGCCGCAGAGCGGCUGAUAGUGCUAGCAUGGAUACUAUGUCCCUCCAAAAUGGCGAGGAUGGUUACAGAUCUCGAGGUACGUUGUCACUGUCCAGUCCCGAAGUUAAGGCCGAAUGGAUUGAACAGUAUGAACAAGGUGUAUACAUAACACUGACGACGCUUCUUGAUGGGACUCGGGAUCUCAAGAGGGUACGCUUCAGCCGAAGACGGUUCGGCGAGCAUCAAGCGGAGAGCUGGUGGAACGAGAACCACGACAAGGUCUACGAGCGGUAUGGCGUGAGGAGCUCCGAGCGGGUGUCGUCGGCCGCGUCGACCCGGUCAGCUCGGUGACUUGAGGACCGACCUGCUCUGCCCCGGCAAUCAUCGGAUAUCGCAUGAGCUUCCGGGAAGGCCUCAGUUUUGCUCCUGUAACUCCGAUGAAUCGUUUUCUUGUUUCGCGAUCAGUUCAUCCGUUGAGGCAAGCAGGCAAGCAGGCAGAGGCAUGCAGGGGCUUUGUAGCGCUGCCCUGAUGUAAUGUAAAUAUAGAGGUGACAAUUAUUAGUGUGGGAAAGAGGAUGUGUUCAUCAGAGCCUGGAACCACUCCUCUUUCCCCAAUUCUGUAGCUAAUUCAUGUUGUAAAAUCCGCAGAAAUUCUUCAGUCGUCAUCUGCAGAAGUUUCUCCAUUUGCAACUGUUUGUACGUGCUGACGUGGCGUCGAGCAGAGCUAAUAUACAUGAUGAUGAUGAUGUUGUGGUGCAA